AGCACCGGCGAGCGGUGCGAGCCGCUCGGGGCGGCGGGGCCGCUCGCCAGAUGCCCGCCUGGCCCAGCGAUGCGACGGCCGUCGCCAUGAGCUCGGGGCUGCCCUCCGCCAUGGGCCGGGACCGCCUGGCCAAAUCCAGCGGCGCCCUCACGGCGCUCGCGGAAAGCCGCAGGCAGCGGGAGCAGCAGGAGCAGUUGCUGCACAAGGCGCAGGAGGAGCUCCAAAAGGCGGCCAGGCUCGCGAAGGCGGUCCAGCGUGAUUCCCAGGCCAUAGAGCGACGAGUUGGCGGGCCUGAGCCAGCGACCAAGCCGCCGUGCUCGUUCGAAGCGGACGCUGGCAGCUCGAGGCCUCCCAGGCGACAACCCUCGCCCCAAGCGGCCGCGACCAAGCCGCCGUGCUCGUUCGAAGCGGACGCUGGCAGCUCGAGGCCUCCCAGGCGGCAGCCCUCGCCCCAAGCGGGCGUUCGGCCUGCCCUACGCGGCGCCAUGCCAAGGCGCCGAUGCUUCGCCAAGCCCACCGGUCUCUGGCGUGAGCGCAUCUCUCCGCGCAGCUGCGGCGCUGUCGCCGCACAGAGGUUUUUACAACAGCGGCUCGCCGCGCCAGACUCGGAUGGUGAGUUCCCCACCAGCGGGAAAACCCGGGGAGGUGGCGGCGCCUGGGCGUCUUGCUUGGGCAGCGCCCUUAGGGGAAGCGGAUGAUGACAAGCCUGAGAAAGAGGAGGAGCCGGAGACGUUGCAAAGCUCACCGUCUUGGAAGCGAAUGGAGCGGACGGUCACGCAGUACGUAUCCCGGCGCAGCGUGACCUCGUCCGACUACGAGGAGGUAUGUCAGCGCUAUGAGGGGCACAUGAACGAGCUCAAGGUGCUGUGCGAGACUGUGGGGCGACAAACGACCACGCCGGAGCGCAGCCACACCUCACGCGGUCUGAACUUCAGAGACCUGCAAGACGAGAAGGACUUCCGCGACUUUGUGGAGUUGAGGGAUCCCCUGCUGGCGGGGCGCGCGGCUCGGCAGCGGAGUUGCAGUCCUCCUCAGGCCAGCCAGCCACGCAGUGUGCGAGUCAGGUCAGAUAGAAGUGACAAGAGCCGAGAGGAGCGGCAAGGUCGCUCGCCCAAGGUGGACAAGGUUCCCAGCGACGACAAGUCCGUGGCGCCGCCAUUGCUGAGCGCCGGGGUGCUCUCCACUGUGCCCAUUGCCUCCCAGCAAAUGGACAGCGACCUGGACCACGUGCGCUCGCUCUUCUGCGCGCAGGUGCCGGAGGCCUCGGUGUUGGGCAUCUACCGGGUGGAGAACCCCACCUUGGAAGGGGUGUACUCAGCCGUCCGAGACGCCAUGGGCACUGACUGCGAGUUGAACUUGUGGCAUGGUACCUCCAAUGAGUGCGUGCCCAACAUUGUGCUGAACGGCUUCAACCGGGCCUAUUCUGGCCGCCGACACGGCACGAAGCUUGGACAUGGCUCCUACUUCUCAGCCUCUGCUGCGUACAGUACUCGCUUCUGCGACCGGAAGCGCUACCGGCGCACGAUGUUCUUCUCCAAGGUCUUGGUGGGUGCCUGGGCCAAGGGAAGCCCUGACAUGGUGGAGCCACCCUGCAAAGAUCUGGACGGCUUGGUACGUUUCGACUGCACGGUGGACGACUUGGAAUGCCCAGUGAACUUCUGCAUCUUCCGAGACUUCCAGGCCAUGCCAACGUAUCUGCUGGAAUUCACCACCUAGCACUCGGGGCUACUACAGAAGUUCGCUCUUGCUGUUGGUUGCAGGCGAAACCCCGCACUGAAUGCGCCGGCUGCAUGCAGCUGACAUACGACAACGAGGGAUGCAACGAGGCGUCUGGCUGCGAUCGCAGAUAUCCAGACAGAAUCCAGGUCGUGCAGAU